UUUCUCGGCGUCAGCUUCCCGCAUGGUGCUCAGCUGUUCGCUCCCCUCUCGCCCUGUCACUCCGUCCCCGGCGGCCGGCCGCAAGUGCCCCUUUGCAGCCAGGCCUGGGGAUCGGCGCCGGCCAGACCGAGGCCGGGGCGCUGAGCUGCUCCUGGGGAGCAUUUACCCAGCUGCGAGGGACCCCGAAACUCAGAGCAUGACGGAGAAGGAGGCUCUGGCGCCGCCAGCCUCGCCCGCGCCAGAGGGGAAGCCAGCGAGCAGGCUCCGGGCGCUGAAGCAGCUGUUUCUGCGGAGGCCCAAGGAGGAGCCACCAGCGGAGCCGCAGCCCAACGGGGAGCUGGUCAGCCCCACGGGGGGGCCCCUCUACUACUUCUACGAGGAGGAGGAGGAGGAAGAAGAGGAGCCCGAGCCGCCCCCCGAGCCCCAGAAGCCCGUCAACGACAAGCCCCACAAGUUCAAGGAUCAGUACUUCAAAAAGCCCAAGUUCUGUGAUGUCUGCGCCCGCAUGAUUGUCCUCAACAACAAAUUCGGCCUGAGAUGCAAGAACUGCAAAACCAGUAUCCACCACCACUGCCAGUCCUACGUGGAGAUGCAGCGCUGCUUCGGCAAGAUCCCCCCCGGGUUCCGCCGGGCGUACAGCUCCCCCCUCUACAGCAACCAGCAAUACGCCUGCGUCAAGGAGCUGCUCUCGGCAGCCAAUCGCAGCGACCCCGUGUUCGAGACCCUCCGGACGGGCGUCGUCAUGGCCAACAAGGAGCGGAAGAAAGGGCAGGAGGAUAAGAAGAAUCCCUUGGCCGCCAUGAUGGACGAGGAGCCGGAGCCUGGGAAGCACGAAGUGGGCAAACUCGAGGCAGGCAACCCAGAAGGGGACAAGAAGGCAGAGAAAAGCACUCCCGACGACAAGAACAAGAAGCCCCAGCCCGGCUUCCUGCAGACUCAUUACUUCGUGGCGCUUUAUCGCUUCAAAGCCCUGGAGAAGGACGAUCUGGAUUUCCACCCGGGGGAGAAGAUCACGGUGGUGGAUGACUCCAACGAGGAGUGGUGGCGGGGGAAGAUUGGCGAGAAAAUUGGCUACUUCCCCCCAAACUUCAUCAUCCGGGUGCGGGCGGGCGAGCGGGUGCACAAGGUCACCAGGUCCUUUGUGGGCAACAAGGAGAUCGGGCAGAUCACGCUGAAGAAGGAUCAGAUCGUGGUGCAGAAGGGGGAGGAAGUGAACGGCUACGUCAAGGUCUACACCGGCCGCAAGGUGGGGCUCUUCCCCGUCGACUUCCUGGAGGAGAUUUGAGCCCGGGCCGGCGCCGGCAGUGGUCUUUAGCCAAGGGGCGAGCAGGCCGGGCCUGGAGCCGCACCUCGGGCCCGAACACGGCCACCGGGGGCAGCUGCAGACGGAGCCCCUCUCCACGUCGCUGCAGGGAGCGGAUCCUCAGCGGGGACAUUGGUGCUGGGAUGCCAACUCGGCCGUGACCUGUGUGCCGCCUUGGCCCAGGACAGCGAGGGGCUGGCCGUGACCCGUGUGCCGCCGUGGCCCGGGACGCGUCGCAGGCUGGGGCAAGCAGCGGAUCCCUUGUUCACUCUCUCUGGAGGAUGGAAGUGGGGUGGCGGGGCCGAGGGGGGCAGACGCCCCGUUGCUGCCUUUGGACACCUCCCGUCCUGCCAGGCUCACCGAUGGGCAGAGGCAGGGUGGGUGUGUGUUUGUACUUAGGGCUGGGGUACCUUGAGGUUUCUCCCUUCCCCGAGGUGUGUGUGUG